UCUGCGGCUAACACGCACGGAAGUAGUGGGGAAUUGGCUGCUCGAAGCGUCGUAUUCGUUCACUGUUGUGCGUCGCUUUCGAGCAAGGUGAUCAGUGGUUCGUGGACGUGAUGACGUCAGACUUAGAGGCACAAGCCGUGAGCGCGUUUAAAGCAGUCGAGUAGGGCGUGAAAGUCCUCCGUGCCGUAUAUACGGGAUAAUUAUGUUCGGUGCUGUUCCAACGUGAUUGAUAGUGAAAAGGGAUACUUUGGCGGCUGAAAUGACGGAGUUGCGGAGGAAAGGAGAGGGGAGCAUUUCGUCCGGGACCCGCUAGAGGACUCGACAGUAAGGCUAUUCUAGCGGGCCCUUGCCUUAGACGUUGGAAUAUCGGAAGGACGGACAGAGUCUGUAUAUAUACAAAUUGAAGCGGAUCGGUUACUUGCGGGAAAGGAGGAUCCAUGUGCUGGCGGGUCUGGAGGUAGCCGCCACAAUACCAUGUUCCGCUGCAUUCCGAUGUUUAAAGGGUGUAACAGGCAGGUGGAAUACAUUGACAAGCGUCACUGUUCACUGACGAGCAUCCCCGAUGAUAUUUUACGAUACUCGAGAACCUUGGAGGAGCUUCUGUUGGACGCGAAUCACAUCUGUGAUCUGCCCGAGAACUUCUUUCGGCUGCAGAGGCUGCGGAAGCUCGGCUUGAGCGACAACGAGAUCAGAGUGUUGCCGCCGCAUAUUCAGAACUUCGAGAGCCUCGUGGAGCUGGACGUCUCCAGAAACAACAUUGAAGACAUUCCCGAGAACAUCAAGAAUCUACGGGCUUUGCAGGUCGCAGACUUCAGCAGCAAUCCAAUCUUAAGGCUUCCAGCAGGCUUCGUGCAACUGAGGAAUCUAACCGUUCUAGGACUCAAUGACAUGUCCCUAACGAAUCUGCCGUCUGACAUCGGAUGUCUGGAGGCGUUGCAGUCGCUGGAGCUGAGGGAGAACUAUCUGAAAUCGUUGCCGGAAUCGCUGUCGCAACUUUAUAAAUUGGAGCGGCUGGAUCUUGGCUACAAUGAGAUCGACGAACUGUCGCCGCACAUAGGAAACCUGCCGGCGUUGCAAGAAUUAUGGUUGGAUCAUAACGGCUUACAACAUUUGCCGCCGGAGAUCGGCGAAUUGAAGACGUUAGCGUGCUUGGACGUCUCCGAGAACCGUCUGGAAGAUCUGCCCGAGGAGAUCGGCGGUCUGGAGUCGUUAACGGACCUGUAUUUAUCGCAAAAUAUUAUCGAGAAGUUACCUGACGGCCUGGGACAGCUUAAAAAGCUUACCAUUCUCAAGGUUGAUCAGAAUAGGUUAUCUACUUUAAAUUCGAAUAUAGGCAGGUGCGAGAAUCUGCAGGAAUUAAUUCUUACUAUAAACUAUCUAUUAGAACUGCCUGUAACUAUAGGGAGACUUCAUAAUUUAAAUAAUUUGAAUGUGGAUGAAAAUAAGUUGAAGUCGUUGCCCUCGGAAAUUGGGAACUUGAAGAAGCUGGGUGUACUAUUUUUAAGGAACAACAAAUUACAGUAUCUUCCGUCCGAAAUUGGACAGUGCACGGCCCUGCAUGUCCUGGACGUAUCCGGUAACAAAUUACAAUACUUGCCAUAUUCCUUAAUCAAUCUAAGCCUAAAGGCAGUAUGGUUAAGCGAGAAUCAAGCUCAGCCGAUGCUCACGUUCCAAACCGACAUCGAUGAGGAAACGGAACAGGAAGUAUUAACCUGUUUCCUGCUGCCACAAUUAGAAGUCCAUCCUGAUGCCAUCGAGGCCGGCGAUUUUCGCAGCAGCGACGACGAGGGUUGGCAAGAAAAAGAAGCGUCGCGAACCCAUUCCGUUAAGUUCACGGACGAAGCUCCGGAAACUGAUAAGGAGACACCGUUUGUGCGACAGAACACGCCACAUCCGAAAGAACUGAAAGCCAAAGCUCAUAAACUGUUCAGUAAAGGAAAGAGCGAUAGCCGGUCAGCGUCUACUGACGAACAGGACGUGUCUCAGACGUUCGGUUUGGACAAAGCCGAGAACGAUAUAUUUGCACAAGCUAACGACUUGGAUCUAGAUGCUGUAGAACAGGAGCCAGCAAAACCUGAAUCCGUAGAAAACGAACAAACGCAAAACGUACCUGGAGCGGAAAGUGGGGACGUUCAGGCGAACGUCGAGCCAGAAGUCAUCCCUAAUCAAUAUGCUACAGAUUCAAACGUGGAAAUGAGAAAUGACGGUACUAUAUCGGAGACGAAGGAUAGGAACGAUAAGGAGGAUGACGAGUCCGGAAGCGAGGAGGGCCAGAGACACGUCGAAUUUUCAAUAGCCGAAGGUACCGAUUACGAAACUGCCGGUGAUGCGAACAGGCCGAAUAGACUUCACCGUAGAGACACUCCGCAUCACUUAAAAAAUAAACGCAUCCAUGCAGCUGUGGACAAGGACAAAGUGGCCUCGAUAAUUGCGCAGGCACUUAUGAAGAAAACGGACGACGCUCCAGCACCCACGCCCGCACCCACAGAAUCUACUGAAAUUUAUGACACACAUAGUCAAGGUGCGACAUCUGACGCUGAGCCGACGAUAGAAGUACGAGAAGAACAAUAUGAAAUUCAUAUCGAGAGAACAACGGGCGGUCUUGGACUGUCAAUAGCCGGUGGUAUCGGUUCAACCCCUUUCAAGGGUGACGACGAAGGCAUUUUUAUUUCCAGAGUUACCGAAGGUGGACCCGCAGAUUUAGCAGGUUUGGAAGUAGAGGAUAAAGUGUUAUCUGUAAAUGGAGUUUCAGUAGUGAACGUAGGCCACUAUGACGCUGUAGAAGUUCUAAAAGCAUGCGGAAAUGUUCUUGUACUAGUAGUUCAAAGAGAAGUGACGAGGAUAGUACCGCCGUACGAACAGACAUCGUCGAGGAAGGACUCGGUGUGCUCUAGUUUGAGCACAAGCAGAGCUCCAAGCGCAACCUCUCACGUAUCAUCUACAGGCUUACCGCAUAAUUUAGAAAAUGGCGACGCUUCUUUACCCCAUGAUGGAAUUAAGUCCAAGAAAAUUCCGGAACCCCUACCGCCCGUCAAAUCAAGUAGCGAACCAAUGGUGUCGGUUCUUGUUCAUACAACAUUGAUACGAGAUCAGAAUGGACUGGGAUUUAGUAUCGCUGGCGGAGAAGGUUCCCCACCAUUAAAAGACAAUAGCGAUGCGAUAUACAUCUCGAGAAUAACUGACGGAGGUGUAGCACAGAAGGAUGGUAAACUGUUGGUUGGAGAUAAAGUAAUAUCUAUAAACGGAGUGGAGAUGAAAGGUGCUAAGCACGAGCAGGCGGUGACUCUGCUGACAGGCCUGGAGAGAUUCGUUCGCCUGGUAGUCGAACGGGAGAUACCGCUUUCCCAGGCAAACGCGACCAUAGUGGUAACACCCUCGGAAAAAUCGCCACGCGUAAUUGGUGCACCGAAACCGUACACCGGAUUGUACAAUGCCAAUAGUUACAUAGCGAAUAGGCCAGGUUACACUAUAAGGCGUUCCAUCGAUGCCGAUAGGGCUCUGUCGCCAAGUCCCACAGCGAAGACACCACCGCCUAUGAAAAUCGAGACCACUGAAGUACCGAAAAUGAACGGUGUCACAGAUUCAGGGAAUAUUAAGCAUGCCUCUUCGAUAUCGCCAAGUCCAACAAAUAGCCAACCUCAUCCACAACCCGCCCCGAGGCAUAGCAUUUCACAGCCGACGAUUACGGCCUCGAGCACGUCGCCCACGUCCACCACAGAGCCUAGGUCAACCUCGCCCCAGGAGGACAUACAGGUACCGAAGCCAAUCACCAACGAAGAAUUUCAGGCUAUGAUUCCCGCUCAUUUCCUACGUCCUCCCACAUCCUCGCCAUCACCAGAUUCCCAUCAAGGCCCUAUCGUGACAGUGACAAUAAAGCAGCCUGAUAAUUUACCCGGAGACGUUAACUUUCCUCCGGCUCCCACCACACUUGGUAAAGUUACUGAGACCAUCACAAAGAGCACUCUCACCGAGACCGUCGUGACUAGAGUGACCGACAACCAGUUGGUACAACCGGUGAUCAUCGAGGAUGUGGUCCUUGUCAAAGAAGGAUCUCUAGGAUUCAGUAUCAUUGGAGGUACGGAUCAUUCUUGCACACCGUUUGGUGCAAAGGAACCUGGAAUUUUUAUAUCUCAUGUCGUUCCUGGUGGUAUAGCUGCAAAGUCAGGAAAACUAAGAAUGGGCGAUAGAAUAUUAAAAGUGAAUGGUACAGAUGUAACAAAAGCGACACACCAAGAAGCUGUAAUGGAACUUCUUCGGCCGGGAGAUCAAAUUGUGCUCACUGUUCAACAUGAUCCAUUACCAGACAAUUAUCAGCUGGUCGAAAUAGAGUACAUCCCUGUGACAGAAUUGGUCAUCACAAAAGAGCCAGGCGAGAAGCUCGGCAUGCACAUCAAAGGUGGGCUCAGAGGACAAAAGGGUAAUCCCCUUGAUCACACGGAUGAAGGAGUUUUUAUAUCUAAAAUUAAUUCUGGUGGUGCAGCUAAAAGAGAUGGAAGACUGAAGGUGGGGAUGAGACUAUUAGAGGUGAAUGGUACAUCAUUGUUGGGCGCGACCCAUCAGGAAGCCGUAAACAUACUUCGGUGUUCAGGGAACACGAUCACGCUAGUAGUUUGUAAAGGAUAUGACAAGAGCGAGGUUGAGCCUCAUUUCCCGGUGGCAGACGGAAGAGAAUCAAAAGAGUCGAAGUCGUCCAAAGAGUCAAAGGAUCCCACAGCGGAUGGUAAUAAAUCCUUGUCACAGAGUGUAUCCAGCUUGGAUCGAGACGACGAAGAGGCAGCAACUCUUAGACAGGAACAGGAAAUGAAGGCAGAAAUGGUUGCGUGGGAGCAGCAAGAAGAAAGGGAGCGUGCUCUGAUCGAGCAGAGAGAAAAAUCUACACCUGAAAAAGUAUUAGACGUAGUAAGAGCAGCUGAAUCAUUAGUCAGCAAAUCAAAUAGUCCCGUGGACAUGGUGCCACCAAAAUCACCAGGUGGAACUAAGGAUCUCAAAACGACUACAAUUGUGAUGAGUAAACAUACUUUAGCACCGCAAAAUACAAAUUCGCUAAGGAAAGAAAGAACUGUGACACCAGUGGAUUAUCCAACAAGCAAGUCGGCAGUCUCUGCUACCUUACCUUCGCCAAGGAAAAAAAGUUCUAUACCAAAACGUAGCAUUACCUUCGCUGAUCUUCCUCCUAUUUCUAAAGAGUCAACCGACCAUAGUCCUCCCAUUAGAAUCAAAGAGAAACAACCUUCCUCUCCGCAUGAGAAAUACAUAUCCGAAUCUUUUCUCACCGUUCCUCCUCCGCCAAGUGGAGUCUCCUCUCACAAAAGGGUUUCUUAUCAGAAUCCCAUAGAGACUCACAUGCGUUUCAAACUUCCUCCAACGCCUCUGACUGCUCCCGAAUCCGCGAGGCAUCUUGGCACUUCGACCUCCUUUAGCAAACGACAGAACGCACGCUCUGUUGGUGGGAAUAUUCAGGUUGAGCUUUCGCCAACAACGUCGCCGACCCCACCGUUAGUGAAGAUGUCGGUUAGCGAUAAGAAGAAAUUGUUUGAAAGUGCCAUGGAGGAACAUAUGAAGCCUUCCCCUAAAACAGACAAAGUAUUCAGUUUCCUCAGUCAGGACGAAGUAGAGAAAAUGAAACAAGAAGAAGAGAAGAAAAUUGCUACAUUAACGCGGGAUGAAUUAAAAUCGUGGGCACAGCUUGAUGAAAACGAAGGUCUAGAAGAUUUGGAGGAAACGCUAGAAGAUCGGGAUAAUCGACGGCCUAAUAGCCGACUGAGCUCGCGAAGUUCGAUCCCCAUUCUGCAGAACCUUCCAAGCAGUGUAAGGACAGCAAAAGCAGAACGUCGCUUGAAGGAGAGAUUGGUACAGGAGGGCAUCAUAUCGGACGAGGAUGAAGAGAGUCAUUUGAGUCCUGCUGAACAAAGAGCGCUCAGAGCAGAGAAACGAGCAGCAUGGAGACAGGCGCGUUUAAAGUCUCUUGAACAAGACGCUCUUCAAGCGCAGAUAGUAAUAAAGAAAAUGAGCGAGAUGAUGGACACAACGCAUAAAACAGACAUACCGGCUGAUUCUACAGAUGCUGUUAGUCCUGUCCUGGAACCGGAGAAGCCAGCCGAUUUCACUACUACGUUACGGCCGUCUAGCGCAGAUUUCCCCAAACUUGCUGUACGCAGCAAGGUGGGUCCCCCUAAAGAGAUACGCGAAUCGGAAAAAGUAGUGGACGAGAAGGUCACUCGACGUACCGAAGAGUAUGUGGAUGAGGUGACGGGUGAACGUCGUGUGCGAACAGUCGAGUACGUCGAGAAGCUAAUUGAGCGACAGGUUGAAACUCUGCGAGAAAAGAUUAUUUCGCUGGAAUUAAGUAAUGCGGAAGAUGAGAUAGAAAGCAUAACUGGGACAGGAGCCAGCGAAGGUGAAAGCGAGAGCGAAGAAAUUACAGAAAAGUCUUCUGCCGUGAGUACUCCGCAAGAGAAAACCGAAACGAUUAUAACUACAAGUGCCACUGAAGGUGCCGCUCCUAAAAUCAAUGCAAACACUGUCAUCACGUCGAAGAAAAAGAAAAGAAAACGUUCAAAGAAAGGUCGUCACUGACCAAAGGUACAGGUAUCGGUGCAGAAAUUAAAAGACAGAUGCAUGAAAAAUUAGUGAAAAAAUUCCUACCGAUAACGAUGUCGCGAAUACGCGUAUUCCAAUGAUACAAAUGUUGUGUUACAUCAACUUCAUACUUGAAAAACGCUACUGUAUUGGUGCAUAUAGUAUUACGGAUCCUUCAUUGUGCAUUGCUGUAUCGAGAUAUACACGUGCACGUAUAAGAAACAAUUUUCUACCCAUCGUUUUAUGCAGCUAGCUUAGGGUGCAGCCGAAACUACAUUUAUUUUUCACACGAACCGUGCUAUAAUUUUGGUAUAAACGUACUGUUUCUAUUAAUAUUAGUGUCGUAUUAUCUGUGGACUGGUGCAGUAUCUUAAUCGAUUAUCAGUUUUCAUGUUUCAUAUUUUAUAGAACUUAUAUUUUACAGUAUCUUUAAUUGCAAAUUGGAUCUGCAUGUAAAUCUCGACCGUGGAAUUAUUUCUAUAUGAAAACGAGAAAUCACUAGCGAAACAAGUAUGUAAUAUUGAGAAUAGUAUUUUUACUAUCAUUAGUAUCAUUAUAAUUACUUUACGAAAAUAUAUUUAUAGUAUCGUCUGAUUCAACAUUACACUAAUCUAUGUAAAACGAUGCACAUUCCCUUUCAUCUUAAAUUGGUACCAAUUUAGACGAUAUCGUCGGUAUUUAAGAAAUACAAGUGGUACCAAUGAGAACAACAUAGAAAAAAAUAUAAGAAAACAAUAUUUUCUUAAAUUUCAAUUGAGUUGUGUAAUUGGCUUCAUACAAUUGUAAGAUACAUUAUAUUUAGUUAGCAUCAAAAUUAAAUUAAUAACGUGAACCGCAUAUUAGCUGCGGUUUGUAAAGUA